AUGGCUGAGAACAGAUUCCACAAGGAGCCAGAGUUUGAGACGCUGCAACUGCAUGCAGGGCAAAUUCCUGACCCCGCGACGCGGUCGCGCGCACCUCCCAUCUACGCUACGACUUCGUUCGUAUUCAACAACUCUGCUCACGGCGCCGAUCUCUUCUCCCUGGUGGAUCCUGGACAUGCGUACUCUCGCAUGAGCAAUCCGACAGUGGAUGUAUUCGAGAAGCGGAUGGCUGCACUUGAGGGAGGAGUUGCGGCCGUUGCGGCAUCCUGUGGUCAGAGUGCACAGUUCAUGGCGAUCUCUGCGCUCGCACAAGCUGGAGACAACAUCGUCUCAACUUCUUACCUUUACGGUGGAACGUACAACCAGUUCAAGGUUCUGCUGAAGAAGUACGGGAUCGGCGUCAAGUUUGUGACUUCGGACGAUCCUGCUGCGUUUGACGCCGCGAUCGACGAGCACACUAAGGCCGUCUACGUCGAGAGCAUCGGCAACCCGAAGUUCAACGUUUCGCCUCUUCAGGACAUCGCAGACGUCGCCCAUAAGCACGGCGUACCCCUCAUGGUUGACAACACUUUUGGCAUGGGUGGUUUCUUGAUUCGCCCGAUUGAUUAUGGCGCGGACAUUGUUACGCACUCCGCAACCAAGUGGAUCGGCGGGCACGGCAAUACGCUCGGCGGCGUGAUCGUUGAUGGCGGCAGGUUCGACUGGACGCAGGGUCGCUUCCCGUCGUUCACCGAGCCCAGCGAGGGAUACCACGGCAUGCAGUACGCGCAGCAGUUUGGCAAGCUUGCAUUCGCAAUCAAAGUCCGGAUCGAGGUUCUGCGCGACCUGGGCGCGACCUUGUCGCCGUUCGCCGCGUUCCUGCUGUUGCAGGGUCUUGAGACGCUGUCUCUGCGUGGCGAGCGCCACUCGGAUAACGCGCUGGCGUUGGCGCGGUACUUACAGACACACCCGAAGGUGGACUGGGUCAGCUAUCUCGGGCUGGAGAACCACCCAUACCAUCAAGCGGGCUCGAAGGUGCUUCGGAAGGGUUACUACGGUGGUAUGCUCGCGUUCGGGAUCAAGGACAAGGAUCCCAAGGUCGCGAGCCGCGUCGUGGACAGCUUGCGCCUGGCGAGCAAUCUCGCCAACGUUGGCGACGCGAAGACCCUCGUCAUCCAUCCAGCGACGACCACACACCAACAGCUCUCUUCGGAGGAGCAGAUCGCAUCUGGUGUUACGCCAGAUCUCAUUCGUGUCUCUGUCGGCAUCGAGCAUAUCUCUGACAUCGUGGCUGAUUUCGAGACCGCAUUGAAGACAGUGCCAUAA